UUGGCGCUCAAUCAUAUUGUGCGGUUAGUUUGCUUUUGAUAUUUGCUCAGUCAUUAUGAUUUUUUUCGAGUUGCAAUAUAUAAUUGGUGAAAUAUGUGAUAAUGUUUCGCAAUUUUUCACGAAUUUAUACGUACGUCAUCCCUCAUCACCGAAACCGAAACCGAAAGAAGAUAGUCCAAAGAUAAUAAGAAUUAAAAACGAUCUAGCUAAAAAUAUUCGAUUAACUAAACAGAAAAGAGAAAAAAUAAAAGCGGCAUUAAAUAAAACAAUUAUACCACCAAAAAAACCGACACCAACUGCAACAAUUAUACCAAUUAAAAUAAAGACAAUAACAAGAUCAGACACCAACUCAUCACCAAGGCUAUUUGAAUCAAUCACAAUAAUUGAGGAGGAUAUCGAAAAUCCGACCAUCAAGAUUUCGUUGCUUGAUCGAGAUGUUGAAUGUGAACUUGAAGCCGCCCAACAUAUUGGAGCAAUUAACGUAAUGUUAAGCAAUAUGGAUCGUGAAAGAUGGACUACAGAGACCAUACCUCUCAAAAAAGUCGAUUAUAUUCAAUAUUGCCUGAUUUUGCAUUGGAUAUCCAAACCACAUACGAGUUCAAACGACGAGGAAAUAGAUGAUAUUGUACAAUGGGAACUAAAUUUCUUGGAUGAGAUUUCACAAAAAUAUCCCGAGAGAUUUUUAAGAUUGAUCAAAUUGGCCAACUACUUGGACAUACCAACAUUAUAUACGGCCACAACAGCACAUGCAGCAUAUAUGUUGACUCAAUGCAAACCCGAUGCCAUUCCAGCAGCGAUGAGCCAGGAAAAACUUCAAUCUUUCACAAGAAAACUUCCUUUCGAACAUGAUGACGACGACGACGAUUAAUUGUACCUUUAUUAGACUUACAGUUUUAUUCGCUAUCUCUCUCAUUUUUAAUUUUAUUUUAACAUAAGAUUACUUUUAAAUGAAAGAAAAUUAUUAUUAUUAAAAAAACAUAUAUGUAGUAUAUAUAAUUUAAUUUUGGUAGAUUUAAAAACGAAUUAGAUUUACCAUUUUUCAAAUCUAUGAGGUAUGUGUUUCAAAAGAGACUGUUUUGUUGAAUAAAUUUUACCAACAGCUUCAUUACAUUCAUGGGCUAUCUGUGGUUUCGAACAGUUGGUAAAAUUUAUUCAACAAACAGUCUCUUUUGAAAAACAUGUCUGAUAGAUCCCGAAAAUGGUAAAUCUAAUUCGUGGUUGGUCGAUUUCAAAUUAAAUUAAAUUGAAUUAAAUAUACCACAUUUUUCCUCUCUGUGUAGUAGUAAAUACGACUAAACUCUUCAUACGAUUUAUGUCUGAAAAGAACUUAUGUCUGGAAGAAAUUUAUUACUAUUUAUAAAAAAAAUUGAAUUGGUUGUGCGAUGAAAUUCGAAAUUGGCAAAAUGGGGAAGGAGAAUGUAAUAGAAUUUAGGUGUCUGUAAAUUUUAAUGUUUAAUUUUUUGAUACAUAAAACUUACCGUCCAAACCACUGAACUGGCAUAAUUGUAUUGUAUUAUAUAAAUAUAACGUGAAGCAAAUGUA